AUGGCGUUAUGUUUGGGUUUAUACUACGACUCUCGACUUCGGGGACCUGAUGACAUGCAAAUCGAUGCCUACGUCAAGCGGGUGAAUAGUGUAGUGGAUCAACACAGAGGUGGAAACGUAGAGCAAUUUAGGGUUUAUAUUGAUCUCGUAGACGAGAGGUAUAAAAGUUCAACAGGUAGAUGGCUUCAUUUUGCUGCGAAAAGGAGAGUUCAGAAACUUGAGUUGUUCGUGUCACGCAAUGAUAAGUAUGAUGCGAAUAUGGAAUUGAGCUAUACUAGUUGUCUCCAGAAUAUCCACGGAGUCCUAGGUACCGGAGGGGGGUUGGGGUCCCCUCUGAAGCACCUGUGCGGGUCUCCUGAAAGUGUAAACCUUUGCCCUUGUAGAUACAGUUGCUUAAAGUUUCUAAAAAGUAUUGAUGUGAGGUCUAAUCGAAUGACUGCGGAAGUUGUUGAGUGCUUCUUGUCUAACUGUGUAUUUCUUGAACGAGUAUCACUGUUGGGUGCGGAGUCAGGUAACCUAAGAGUUGUUGGUUCAUCGAUUGCAUUGAAGCACUUAGAGCUGCAUAGUUGCUAUUUUGAAAGCGUUGAGAUCCAUGAUGCAAACCUUGUUUCAUUGAUUUAUUAUGGACCCAAGAUAAACUUGCUUCUUAGGAAUGUAUCGCGGCUUACUGAGGUGUCUAUUAACUAUUUACCCCCAGUUCGUAUGAUUGAAGACUUCUCCCAACUUUUCUUAUGUUGUUCUCAGCUCGAGGUCCUCAAACUAGACACAACCUGGCUCUACGAGGAGGAUCAUACAUUUCUUAAAUUACCAAAUCUCACACAUUUGGAAUUAGAAUUUGCAGCUGAGGACAAUUGCAGCCUCCUUAAAUUAGCUUCCUUCCUUGAGGCAUCUCCUAACUUGCAGAAACUGGUGUUGGAGUUGAGCGGUACGAGAUCCUUGUUCAUUCCCACUCCCUCAGGUGAGAUAGAAAUCAAGGAAGCUUCCAAUUGUUCCCAUCAUUCCCUCAGGGUAGUGGAAUUGAGAGAUUAUCGUGGUCGCACUAGUGAUUUUAAGCUUGUCAUCUACUUGGUAGAGAACGCUCUUGAACUGGAAAAAAUUGUGAUCGGUCCUCUCAAAUAUCCUCACCUAGUGAUGAAGAGGGAACAAAGAGAAGUAGAUCAUGCUAGGCAGCAGCUCCAAGAAAAACUGCCUAAACGAUUUGGGUUUUUGCUUUCCUUCCUUGUGCUCCUUGCUAGUUUGAUAAUUUUUGUGCUAGAUGAAAUUGGGGUCAAGGACAUGGGAAGAUCACGGGAGAGAGGAGCCCAGGCUGGGCUGGGAGGGAUGGUGUGGCCGUUUAACUGUAACUCUAGCUGCAGAAAAGGAAGGAGCCGUAGAUUUCAAAGUAAUCUAACGGCUUGUAUUGUAGUAACUCAAGAAAGAAAUGAAGUGACGUCGAUUCUCCAUCUGGCAUGUGUGCACUGGUCCACCUGGCUGCUACAGUUACUGGGUGCUGAAUUAGCCGUUAAGCAGGUUGUUUGGGCGGGGAGAGUUAGUUAG